AUGGAGAACGAAGCGCCCGCCGCCGUUCAGGUUCCUGAUGGCCGCUCCUCACGGAGAGACCGUUUAAUGGGCAAGCUCUUCAAGGCCAAAACCAAACCCACCGAGCAGCAAGCCGCCGCCAAUGUCGACGCUUUCCUACACAGCUCCUCCGAUAAUUUGACCGUCACCCACGCUCCCCCUCCAAUCCCAACUUCGCUCCCCAAGCUGGCCAAGCUCGACACCACCUCCAUCUCCCGCUAUCCCCAGGCUCUGGCCGUCAACCAGCAGGCCCAGCAGAACCGCCCGCUCGCCCCAGGCGUCCGCCCCGAUCCAAAGUCGGCCAGCCGCUCUCCACGACCGAAUAAGAAGGGCCUAUUCGUCAGGUUUGACGAUUCAAGUCCGGACGUAAUUGGUGAGGGCGGUGACGAGUCUGAGAUACCCGUCAUCGAGAUCUCGAAGCGCAAGCCUCGCGCACCAAACCCCCCACCACACCGCCAGCCCGGUUAUGUCCCAGGGAGGCCCCCUCCUCCUCCAAUUCCAACAAAUUCUGGGCCACCCGGCGUAGACGAUUUCAGGCCCAAAUCCCUUUCCCGUGCCCAAACGGGAUUCUCCUCCAUCUACACACCUGAGUCGGAUGAGGAACCCCAUAUAGACUCUGGGUCUAAGUUCCUUGGGAAACAGGACGAGAACAGGAGGUCGUAUAUUGAGAUUCACUCCGCACAGAUGCGCGAGGCUGAGGGCAGGGCCUUCGCUGAGGCUGCUCGUGUAGCCAGUGCCACUUCAGCGUCUUCUCACAAUUGGGAAGAUCCUCCCUCCGCCGUACCUCUAACCGCGUCCUCUCCAACCUCGACUCGACGACCAGGUCCCUCGCCCGAAGUCCAAGCGCCAAGACCAAAUAUCGAAUACAGUCCAGCCUCGAUCCAUUCUAAUACCUCUGGGUACUCUCCAACGACCGAAAACGAGCAGCUCUCGAGACAGGCCAGCAUUGCCUCUCACAUCUCGCGGCAGCCCAGCGUUGCCACCCCCCGUGACCCGCCUAUGAUGGCUAGUCGAUCUCUUUCCGUUAGAGUAACCGAUCCGGGAGCGGCCGACGAGGCCCUCAUUACAUUUGUUGAGAGGACGAUGCAUCUAUUUGAGCUUUUCCGCCUACAUGCCGAGACUAUCAAGCCUUUGACAACAUGCUCGUUCAAGGAGUGCGCUCGCGGAGGGCUUUGGUGGUUCAUCAAGGGUCGGAUGGGCUUGGAGACGGCGGUCCGAGAUCGUCCAAACUCGCCCCAAGGCCAGAUGCAGAACGAUCGUGAUCGACAGCAAGCAUAUGCGAACCUGGCAAAGGGAUACUGGCUAUGUGAGGAAAUGAUCCCCGAGAUUUCCGAGUCUCAGGGACUCGCACCAGAUGCUGAAGUCGUCGAGGUCAGCCAGUCUCUUGUGUCCGCACUAAAGAAACUAGCCAUGUCCAUGAAGCGAAACGGUUUCUUGCCACCAGAGGAUGCCUUUCUUCCGCAAACAAUCGACAAAUCUGUUUGGCUCGAGUACCCACAGGUAAGUCAGGAUAUGAUUGCCCUUCUCUCGGGAAACUGGGGUUCGGGCAUGACUGCCAUGACAAAUCCCAUGUCCGAUCUCCGCCUCCUGGAUGCUCUCCCUGUGGGCGACAACACGGACAACUUUAGCUACGGGAGGAUGCCGGCAGACGUCUAUCUCAUGGAGCAGGGUCAGGAAUCUCACAAACUGUAUUUUCCAUGUAUGCUCUCUAUGGUCCGGCCUGUCAAGUCCCUCAGCCUGGUAUUUGUUCUUGCGAGCCAAAAUGGUCACCUACAACUGGCCAUCCAGGAUAACAAGAACGUGGGCCCGGUGUGGGACGAUGUCCGCUGGAGAAACGAUACUUGCACACUUGACAUUCGAUUGCGUCGUGGUUUCGUCCUAGCCGUGCAGCUCGUUCAGCAAGACUACAGGAUGCUAUGGAACAUGUACGACUUUGGGAAGAAGAUCCAGACGUCUCUCUUCCCUCGAAGCGACGAGGAGAUGGUUUUCCGAACGACACUGCGGUCAUUCCAAUACAUGGAUGCUGACCCCCAGUCCCGUCAGUUCCCCAAGGAGGCAGUCUCACAAUGCGAUGUGGCAUUGUUCGAGAAACAAUACAAGGAGAGUGGUCCUGCCGGUGUACGCGUUUGGCAUCUUGGGUUCCGAAUCGCAGUGGUAACUGGGGCUCGCACGAGGACACUAAGUGGCGUCAACCAUGUGUACACGCCUUCUCAACCGAUUCAGUUUGGAUUCUUCCGCGGUGACAAAGAUGCCCCGUCAUUGUCGUUGAAAUUCGACAGCGGAAAGUCCAAGGGCCGGAUGGUACUCGUUUUCAGCGAGGAGAAGGCCAGAAUCAAGUUUCACUCGCUCAUUACCGGAACUGCCCUCGACCAUGACGACAAGAUCUAUGCCGACGUUCCCAUCAAAAGUUUCAUCAUUUCUCAAAGUGUUCGCGAGCCACUGGGCAUGGCACCAUUUUCUCGUAUGCCAUGGAAAGCGGCCAGGAUUGUCAAUGACGAGUGCGGUGGCGAUCAGCCACCAACCGUCCUUGCGGACCGACUCAAGAUCGUACUCGAGUAUCAGAAUGGCAACAUGACUGACAGAGUCAAUGUGGCGCCUGGAGAGUUACGGGUGAGAUUGGAGGUGUCGAAUGCCAAACUUUUCAGAGUUAUGCGCCAACCGCAGAAGGACAUGACUGUGUCGGUUUCCGAAGCUCAAGUCUCCAAGGAGAUCCCGCGAAACAUGGCAGACGCUCUGCAACUGCUACGGCAUAACCAGACCAUCCGGUCGUUUGAGUUCAACAACCUCAAGGAUCUGCACGACUUCCAAUUUGCCAUGACAGGCUACGAGGUCAUAUUCGACGCCCUUGCAGUGACGUUUGCCAUCUCAAGACGGCGCAUGGUGGUACCAAUUCACAAAAAGUGGGAGGCUGGGUAUACACGAAUCCAAGUGGUGCGGCAAGAGGACAGACAACUGCAGCUGCUUGCAUUCUUUGAGGACUUCCACCACGGACACUGCAUGAACUUUGUACUCAAGGGUACGGACAUUUACGAGUCCUUCACCCGGAGCGGGAAGUCGGGUAUCAAGUUUGUUGAUGCCAAAUUCCCGCUGCCACGGCUGCCGGCGGACAAGGACGGCGACUAUGAUGAUAUGGCGUUUGUCUGCCUCGAUCUCCCGGAUCUGCCGGGAGAGCAUGACGAUAUCUCCAUCAUGUUUGAAAAAGAAGCUGACCGAGAGGCUCUCGGCCUAUGUCUGCCAGCGCCGUUGAAGGGUUCGGCGAAAAUGUCGUCACGAUUGAAAUGA